AAAAUAGAUCUCGCGCAUUCUCUCUCUCUCUCUCUCUCUCCCCCCUCUUAAUCGCCGUCACUCACACUCUCACUCUCUCUGCAGUUCGCCGGAGCAGAGCACGUUCACGACGACGACUGCGAGGAGAGAUAUGGGCCCACCGAAGGCAGUCCGUGCAAUAUCACAACAAGCCUUUGACGAAAUGGUGAAAGAAAACAUAGACGAUCUCGGAAUGGACCCCACCGAAGCCCUCCAAGACGUCAUCGAUACCCUAACCCUUCAAGGCGUCGAUCUCUCCGGUACAGUCACAUGCGUUCCCGGAGAGGGCUCAGUGGGUGACAAUCCAGUGAUCCAGUCGCUGGAUAGAUUGAGACAGUUGAAUUGUGAUUGGUCAGAUCGAAUCGGAGAUGAGAAAGAAUUGGAAGAAGUUAUAGGACUGUUAGAUAAAUUGGAUAAUGUUUGUAGUGGUGAGGGAUCGGGGAAUGCGGCGAUAGCCACGAAAAAUGGAGGGGUGGAAUUGGUAUGUUCGAUUUGUUCGAAGCUUGGUGGUGGGUGUCAUCGGGGUCUUAUUUCGGCUCUGAACACAUUGGCUUCAUUUCUUCAUGAUCUUCAAAGUACUGAAAGAUUUCGUGAGAGUGGUGGAGCAAAGAUGGUGGUGGGUAUCCUAAUGGAUGGAAGUCAAAACAUAAACAUUUUGAAUAGUUGCUUUUCCGUAAUUGCUGCAGCUGCAACUGGUAAUGAGGUUCUCAAAGAGUCAUUCAUGGAAUUGAAAAUUGAUGAGCUUAUAAUCCAGAUUUUGAGGAAACACUGCAAGCAGAGCAUCCCUGGUUUAUAUGAUGCUAUACGAGUCCUGUUAACUUCUGAUGAUAAUCGUGUUGUGGCAUCUCAAGUUUAUGGAUAUGCUCGAAAGUUUGCAAAAGUUGGAAUUGCAGAAGCUCUGGUGGACUCACUUCGUGAAGGACUCAGUUCGCCUAGUCUAGUGUCAGCAAGCAUUGCUUUGAAGGCUGUUUCUGUGAAUGAUGAAAUAUGUAGAUCUGUUGCGGACAGUGGUGGUAUAGAUGCAAUUCUCUGUUGUAUUGAUGACAGUGGAGAACAGAACAACAAAAAUGUAGCCAGACCUUGCUGUUCUUUGUUGUCUAAGGUGGAAGACUGGUAAAAGAUAGGAGCGCUGAUAUCUUUCAACAAUGUAGAU